CCAUCUUUAUUUUGCUUACAGAAAAAUGGAUAGCCCAAAAAGUCCUCGAAGCCCAAAAGUUCUUUCUCAUCAUAAUUCAAUGAAAAGUUUACGGUCAGUUCGGAGUCAGAAGAGUAUGCGUUCGUUGAAAAGUCAAAAAAGCACACAGAGCAUUCGAAUAUUCAAUCAUCACCACGAUACUUAUCAGACUUGCUUUGGUUUCAUGCACGUAAAGAUUGCUACCUGCUCCAUUGGAUUUUUCGCUCUCCUUGGUGUCUGCUUUACUCUGGUCUAUUGCGUUUUCACAUCACAGGAGCAACGGCGCCCUAAUAUGAAGUUAUACGCGAUUCCCAUGAUCAUAGUCAUUAUUGCCCUGCUUUACAUGUUUGUUGGAAUCUUACAACAAAAAGCGCAUUUAUUAUUUGCUUUUAUUGCAUUACAGAUAUCAGUGACAUUCGGAAUUGCUGUUUUGAUUGUUAUUAUUUUGAUAUCAGUAGCUUGUAAUACUACGUUCAUCCUCAAAUUUUUUGUGGACAUUAGUCUAGCCCAAUCUGAAUACACAAAAACAGCGUUGACAGCGCUUGUUGGACUAUCAUUUCAACUUGGAAUUCAUAUAUGGGCUCUUCGAGCAGUUUGUGGAUGCUAUCGCUAUUUUACAGAUAUUCACAAAUUUGAAGUACGACAAGCGCAAGCUAACUAUGUCUAAUCAUUUGUUUUCUGUAUAUGUAACGAUAAUCACACGAGUCAUUUUUCGUACAUUUUUGUACAUUUAAAUGUAUUUAUUUAUUUUGCUUGUUUUUUUUGACUUCAAUAUAUUAACCCGAACAAGAAAUUGACAGAAUUAUUAAAACUAAAAAAUUAAAUGAACUCCUAUUUACAGCAUGUU